AUGGUAAAAAAAGGGUGGAUUUGGACCCAGGGGGAAAAAUAUAAAAAGUGUAAUUGUUUAUUAUGUAUUCGUAAAACACCUAAAAUUCUUAUUCAUGGGAAACCUGAGUUAAAAGAUUAUCUAAUAAUAGUUUUCUAUAUUUUGAUGGAUUAUCAAAAAAAAGAAAAUGAAAUAUUAAAUCUUCCCAACUCAAUAGAUGAAGAAAAUGAAAAUUUAAAUCACUACGUGUCCACUAAGAAUGUAUACAAAUUUAUAAAACUUCAUGCUGAGCUCCUAAACAUAGAUAUGAAUAUCAUCAAGAACAGAGACUCCAUUUCGUCGUGCCUUAGUUUCAACAAAGAUUAUUUCAAAUCGGGAAAAUCCAAAAUGGUUAAAGGAUUUUGGCUUUUAAUAAAGACUACAGACCCAUGGGAGAUGGACUAUAGUACCGUUCCAUUAAGAAUCAAUAGACACGAAGGCGUAGAAUUGUGUAACGUAAUUACCAAAAGAGGAUGUAAAUGUCAACUAUUAAAAAAGCAUUGCCAAUAUCAUGGACCAAACAGAAAUAAAAAAAACAAUUCUCCACCAAGUUUCCUUAAAGGAAUAUCAAAUAAACCAAAAAAAUCAAUUUUAAAUGAGCCAGUUUAUAAUAACAAUAACAAUAAUAAUAUAAAUAAUAAUAUAAAUAAUAAUAUUAUAAAUAAUAACAAUAAUAAAAAUAAAUCUAAUAAUGUUCACUCUAACAUAUACCCAGCCACCAACAGUAAAGAAUCUUUAUGUCCCCAAUUUAAUAAAGUAAUCAAAAAUGAAAAUGAAAAAUCAUAUCUAAUAAAUAAUAACAAUAAUUACAAUAACUUUGAUGAUAGUUUCAGCAGCAACUAUGAUUUAUCUCCAAUUUUUAACAACACACAAACACACUCCAAUUUACCAACCCCAUGUUUGCAAUCACAUGAAUUUAUAUCUCCACAACUUUCACAAAAACUCCCUGGCUCCUCAAUACCCUUGUUUCAUUUAAACAAUAAUAGUAGUAAUAAUAAUAAUAGUAAUAAUAGUUUUAACUAUAUACCACCUUUAAAUAAUAAUAACAAUAAUAAUUAUAAUUACAAUAGUAAUAAUAGCUACAAUACCAAUAAUAAUAGUAAUAAUAAUAAUAAUUACAAUAAUAAUAAUUAUAAUAAUAAUAAUUAUAAUUACAAUAGUAAUAAUAAUAAUUAUAAUUACAAUAAUAAUAAUUAUAAUUUCAAUAGUAAUAAUAAUAAUUAUAAUUACAAUAGUAAUAAUAAUAACAAUUUUUUACCACAUUUACAAAAUUUACCAAUUUUUUCAAUUAAUGAUGAAGUUAAUAAACCAAAUCAAAAUAAUAAAAAAAGAAAUUGGGAAGAUCAAAAUCACUCAUAUUCAUUUCCAAAUAUUUCUCUUUCAUCACGCACUUCACAAAUCUUUCAAUCUAAUGUUAAUUCUCAAAAUCUAUAUAAUAACUCUACAUUUUCAAAUGAUUCCAAUAAUCUACUUCCCAGAAUAUCAAAUCAAUAUUAUCAAUAUUCCAAAAUAGAUAAUGAUAAUGAACAUAAAUCAAAACACUAUAAAAAAAUAAAUAAUAACAACAAUGAUUAUAAUGAUUGUGAUGUAUCUCAAAAAAUGUUAUCACCUUUAACAUAUUCUCAAAGUAGUAAUAAUAAUAAUUAUAACUCCAGCUAUAAUCAUCUCAACCAUCAUCAAAUACAUUAUAGUUUUGAUUCAUCGCAAAGCUCACCAUCGUUAUCGCCAUUAUCGAUACAGCCCACCUCGCCCCCAUCCAAUUUAUUCCGUUCAAUCAAUGCAAUUGAAUUCGAAAAAAAACUCUUAAAUAGCUACACGUUUUACUAUAUACUUAAUAGAAUAAAGUUUAAUCAAAGUGGCCACACUCUCAUUGUCGAGUAUGUUCGUUUUAUGAUAUUAAAAGCUCUUUGUGAAUCCCACACCACUAAACUAAAGCCACCACCAUUAAUUGAAAUAUUCUGGGUAACUCAUAUGCAAGAUACCGCUCGUUAUAGGGAUUUUUGUAAAAUUGCAAACAAUGGCGAAGAUUUUCAAAUUGAACAAGAAGAUAAUUCCAAAGAAAUUCAACGUUCAAGAUACCUUACCACAAUAAACUUAUAUAAAAGUUUAUUUGGUGAUAGCAUGGAUCAUAAAAUUUGGCCAAUUAACUUUUUAGAGUAAUUUUUCGUUUAAAAAAAAAUAUAUAUAUUUAUAUAUAUAAAAAUUGUUUUUUCAUGUUAAUCAAUAAUAAAAUUACCAUAUAUAAAAAUAAAUAAAUAAAUAAAUAAAUUAAAAAUCAAUAAAUUUUAAAAAAAUCUAAAGAU